AUGGCUCCCAACAAAGGAGGAGGUUUGCUUGAGCACAGUCUCUGUGGUAUCUUGUUACAUUAUUUUUAAGACCAUCCAUAAACCAAUACAAUUUGCAUUAUAUUUUACAACACCUUAACAUCAGUUUCCCUGCGCCUAACUUGCUGGUGAACCAAAAAGCAACCAUAUUAAUAAGAAUUGUAGCAAUUCAGGUAUACAACUAUUGGGCCUACUAAACUCUCCAUGCAUAGACAUCCAAAUAUCCCUUUUGGCUCAGACAAAAGACUGAGGAAUAUACACAAUCCCAAAAAAUUAUAUUUGGCUAUGGCAGGUUGGCGUUGUUUGGAUUAUCGCUCUAAGGAAAUGUCCACCCCCGACCCUCCUAUGGGGGGUACCCCUCGGCCUGUCCCCUCUCCUGGGCCAGGACCUUCUCCUGGUGCUAUGUUGGGUCCCAGCCCAGGUCCUUCUCCAGGUUCUGCACACAGCAUGAUGGGACCAAGUCCUGGGCCUCCUAUGCCUCAGCAGGGACCAACUGGUUAUCCAACUGAGAAUAUGCACCAAAUGCACAAGUCAAUGGAUUCCAUGCAUGACAAGACAAUACCUGAAGACACUCGUUAUAACCAGAUGAAAGGUAUGGCCAUGAGACCUGGUGGUCACUCUGGGAUGGGACCCCCACCAAGUCCUAUGGACCAACACUCACAAGGGUAUCCUUCACCCCUGGGAAACUCUGAGCAUGUGUCAAGCCCUGUGCCCUCUAAUGGGCCACCUUCUGGCCCCCCUCUGCCUUCUGGAACUGGAGGGGUGAACAUGGAAAACUCCGACCCCCAGCCGCAACAACAAACAAACCGCACCCCGACACCUUUCAAUCAAAAUCAGCUGCAUCAGUUACGCGCACAAAUAAUGGCUUACAAGAUGUUGGCCAGGGGUCAGGCCUUACCUGAUCACCUUCAAAUGGCCGUGCAGGGAAAGAGACCCAUGCCUGGCAUGCAGCAGCAGAUGCCAACACUACCUCCACCCGCAGCUUCUGGGACUGGUACAGGGCCUUCCCCAGGGCCGGGUCCAGGACCUGGGCCAACACCACCUAACUACAACCGACCUCACGGUAUGGCCGGGCCCACCAUGCCUCCACCAGGGCCUUCUGGUGCUCCCCAUGGGAUACCUGGUCACCCUCCUGGUGCUCCUGCUAAACCGUGGCCUGAGGUUCCUAUGGCCAAUGCAGCAGCUCCAGCUACUGCCCCCCAGAAGCUGAUUCCUCCUCAGCCUACGGGUCGACCCUCGCCUGCUCCUCCUGCCGUGCCUCCUGCUGCUUCUCCUGUCAUGCCCCCACAGACGCAGUCGCCAGGGCAGCCUGCACAACCUCCUCCUAUGGUACAGUUCCAUCCCAAGCCCAACAGAAUCACCCCCAUCCAAAAACCUCGGGGUCUCGAUCCUGUAGAAGUGCUGCAGGAACGUGAAUACAGGCUUCAGGCAAGAAUUGCACACCGAAUCCAGGAAUUGGAAAAUCUUCCGGGUUCUUUGGCUGGAGAUCUGAGGACCAAAGCUACCAUAGAGCUAAAGGCACUGAGACUUCUGAACUUCCAGAGACAGUUAAGGCAGGAAGUAGUCGUCUGUAUGAGGCGGGACACUGCACUGGAAACUGCACUGAAUGCCAAGGCCUACAAACGCAGCAAGCGCCAAUCCCUGAGAGAGGCGCGGAUAACAGAGAAAUUAGAGAAACAGCAGAAGGUUGAACAGGAACGCAAAAGGCGCCAGAAACACCAGGAAUAUCUAAACAGCAUUCUCCAGCAUGCCAAGGACUUCAAAGAAUUCCACCGCUCCGUAACAGGGAAGAUCCAGAAACUGACCAAGGCUGUGGCCACGUACCAUGCUAAUACAGAACGGGAACAGAAAAAGGAAAAUGAGAGAAUUGAAAAAGAGAGAAUGCGGAGGCUUAUGGCCGAAGAUGAGGAAGGUUACAGGAAGCUUAUUGACCAAAAGAAAGACAAGCGUCUUGCUUACCUCCUACAGCAGACGGAUGAGUAUGUAGCCAACCUGACAGAGCUGGUCAGGCAACACAAAGCGGCUCAGGUUUUAAAAGAGAAGAAGAGGAGGAAAAAAAAAAAGGUGCAGGAGAAUGCAGAGGGUCAGCCGCCUGUACUUGGACCAGAUGGAGAGCCACUGGAUGAGACCAGUCAGAUGAGUGAUCUUCCGGUCAAAGUCAUCCACAUGGAGAGUGGAAAGAAACUCACUGGAGCUGAUGCUCCAAGGGCUGGACAGCUGGAGACGUGGCUGGAAAUGAAUCCUGGAUAUGAAGUGGCUCCCAGAUCAGACAGCGAAGAGAGCGAAUCAGAUGAGGAGGAAGAGGAAGAGGAAGAGCAGCCAAUGUCUUCAGUCACUGCUUUGCCCACAGUAGGGGAGAAGAAAAUACCCGACCCAGACAGUGAUGAGGUCUCAGAGUUUUAUGCUCGGGAAAUUAUCGAGUGUGCCAGACAGGACGUGGAUGAUGAAUACAGUAUAUCACAGGCUGCAGAAAGAGGUCUUCAGUCAUAUUAUGCUGUGGCACAUGCCGUGAGUGAGAAAGUAGAGAAGCAGUCAUCGCUGCUAGUGAAUGGUUUCCUCAAGCAAUACCAGGUUAAAGGCCUCGAGUGGCUGGUUUCUUUAUACAAUAACAACCUGAACGGCAUCCUCGCUGAUGAAAUGGGUCUGGGGAAAACUAUCCAGACCAUUGGUCUCAUAACAUACCUCAUGGAACACAAGCGGAUUAAUGGCCCCUUCCUGAUUAUCGUGCCACUUUCAACACUUUCCAACUGGGUUUAUGAAUUUGAUAAAUGGGGGCCAUCAGUGGUGAAAGUAUCAUACAAGGGCUCACCUGCUGCUCGCCGCGCCUUCGUUCCCCAGCUCCGCAGUGGGAAGUUUAACGUCCUCCUCACUACGUAUGAGUACAUAAUUAAGGACAAGCACAUUCUGGCCAAGAUCAGGUGGAAGUACAUGAUUGUGGAUGAAGGCCAUCGGAUGAAGAACCAUCACUGCAAGCUCACACAAGUGCUAAACACACAUUACAUUGCCCCCCGACGUCUCCUUCUGACAGGGACCCCACUGCAGAACAAGCUCCCAGAACUGUGGGCCCUGCUCAACUUCCUGCUUCCGACCAUCUUCAAAAGCUGCAGCACUUUUGAGCAGUGGUUCAAUGCCCCUUUUGCAAUGACUGGGGAAAAGGUGGAUCUAAAUGAAGAGGAAACCAUUCUAAUUAUCAGACGUCUUCAUAAAGUCCUUCGUCCAUUCUUGCUUCGAAGACUUAAAAAAGAAGUAGAAGCUCAGCUGCCAGAAAAGGUUGAAUAUGUCAUCAAGUGUGACAUGUCUGCAUUGCAGCGUGUCUUAUACAGACACAUGCAGGCCAAGGGAGUCCUUCUGACAGACGGUUCAGAAAAAGAUAAAAAGGGUAAAGGAGGAACCAAGACUCUCAUGAACACAAUCAUGCAACUGAGAAAGAUCUGUAACCACCCCUACAUGUUCCAGCACAUAGAGGAGUCCUUCUCAGAACACCUUGGAUUCACUAAUGGUAUCGUGCAAGGGCAGGAUCUAUACCGUGCGUCUGGGAAGUUUGAGCUUCUAGAUCGCAUCCUCCCAAAGUUACGCAACACCAACCACAAGGUCCUUCUCUUCUGCCAGAUGACCACUCUUAUGACCAUAAUGGAAGAUUAUUUUGCUUAUCGUGGAUUUAAAUACCUCAGGUUGGAUGGGACCACAAAAGCAGAGGACCGUGGUAUGCUGCUAAAGACAUUCAAUGAACCUGCAUCUGAAUACUUUAUCUUCCUACUCAGCACCCGUGCUGGGGGUUUGGGCCUUAACUUGCAGUCUGCAGAUACAGUCAUUAUAUUUGAUAGUGACUGGAACCCACAUCAGGAUCUCCAGGCUCAGGAUCGCGCUCAUCGCAUUGGCCAGACGAAUGAGGUCCGUGUGUUGCGUCUGUGCACGGUGAACAGCGUGGAGGAAAAGAUCCUGGCUGCCGCCAAGUACAAACUGAAUGUGGACCAGAAGGUUAUUCAGGCAGGCAUGUUUGACCAGAAGUCCUCCAGCCACGAGAGGAAAGCCUUCCUGCAAGCCAUUCUAGAACAUGAGGAGCAGGACGAGGAGGAAGACGAGGUGCCAGAUGAUGAAACGGUGAAUCAAAUGAUUGCCCGACAUGAAGAGGAGUUUGAGCUAUUUAUGCGUAUGGACUUAGACAGACGGAGAGAGGAAGCUCGGAAUCCAAAGCGUAAACCUCGUCUAAUGGAAGAGGAUGAGUUGCCUUCCUGGAUCAUUAAAGAUGAUGCUGAAGUUGAGCGACUCACUUGUGAAGAGGAGGAAGAAAAAAUGUUUGGCCGUGGCUCUCGAAGUCGCAAAGAAGUGGAUUACAGUGACUCCCUCACGGAGAAACAGUGGCUGAAGGCUAUAGAAGAAGGUACGUUAGAAGAAAUUGAGGAGGAGGUGCGUCAGAAAAAGACCACUCGAAAAAGGAAACGAGAUGUGGACCCAGGGCUGGGAACUCCAACUACGAGUACACGAAGCAGGGAACGGGAUGACGAUGGCAAGAAACAGAAGAAGAGGGGACGUCCUCCAGCUGAGAAGCUCUCCCCUAAUCCUCCAAACCUAACCAAGAAGAUGAAGAAGAUUGUGGAUGCGGUCAUAAAAUACAAAGACAAUGGUUCGGGCCGCCAGCUUAGUGAAGUUUUCAUCCAGCUGCCAUCUCGUAAGGAACUUCCAGAAUACUAUGAACUGAUCCGAAAGCCAGUAGACUUCAGAAAAAUAAAGGAGCGGAUCAGAAAUCACAAGUACCGCAGUCUGAAUGACUUGGAAAAAGAUGUUAUGUUGCUGUGUCAGAACGCCCAGACCUUUAACCUUGAAGGUUCCCUAAUUUACGAAGAUUCCAUCGUAUUACAGUCAGUCUUCACCAGUGUACGGCAGAAGAUUGAGAAGGAGGAGGAAAGUGAAGGAGAGGAGAGUGAAGAAGAGGAAGAAGUGGAGGAGGAAGGCUCAGAGUCUGAGUCUCGCUCGGUGAAGGUGAAGAUAAAACUUGGAAGAAAAGAAAAAAUACAGGAACGCAUGAAGGGCCGCAGAAGGACCAGCCGCGGGUGCCGAGCCAAACCUGUGAUUAGUGAUGAUGACAGUGAAGAGGACCAGGAGGAGGAUCGUUCGGCAACUGGAAGCGAAGAAGACUAAAUCCCUCAAACCAUUCCUUUUAAAGCCCACCCCCUCUUCCACCACUAGGUCUCAUUCCAUGGCCUACCACGAAAAGGCCUAUUCCAUCCCCCAAACCACGUGCCCUCUUAUUCCCUAAUUCCGUAGGUCGCUAACGGGUAGCCAGAAAUGUAGUGAACUGUAAAAAAUAAAUUUCUUCCAUAUUUAUAUAAAUGAGGAGUUCUAGGGAAGUUCUGCUUGUAGCAUCUUCUAAGAGCAUUAACUAUCUGGCCAAGCCACAAGGCCUCUCAGGAUAGGUUAAAAGGAGAAUGAAUUUUGAUUAUAUAUUUCUUUCUUUUUUUUUUUUUUUUUUAAUGGCAGUACUGUUUGAGUUACAGUAUGGAAUCACUGUAGUAUCGGCCGUGGAUGCAUGCAAUUAGCAGUCCACUCAUUAGUACUGUAUUUUACAAAAACAGGUCAAAACAAAGUCCAGGGUCCCCUCUCUCACGCUGCACAGGGAGGGGGGCUGGCAGUGGUAGCUGUAUGUAUGUGUGUCAGUGUCACUGGAUUUCAAACAGUUAUAAAUUAAAACAAGAUGGGAUACCUCGCCUGC